CAAAAUAUUUUCCAAACAUCAGUUAUUAACAUAAUGUCUUCAAAUAUUUAAAGUGCUGCCGUAACAAAUGAGAUCUCUUAAAUGAUUGCUGAAUAUAACCCAGAAGAAGAGAUGCUAGAAUUAGCUUCUUCAUAAAAAUACUUCUCUGAUUUGUUUGACGAGAUUGUAGGAAUAAAUAUUUAAACCCUAGAGGAAAAGCAAAAUGCAGAUGAAUAGUUGAGCAAAAUUAAGCUUAGAAUUAGAAAAACUGGGAAAUCUGUAAGAAAAGGGAAUAAAAUUAGUGCGUUUUAGGUGAAUAGAAGUACCAUGGUCGAGGGAAAUUCAUUUAAAAAAGGCGAUUUUAAUAAUGAUUACUUUGAAAUGCCAAUGUACUAAGAAAAUUAAGGGGAAUGGCAAUAAGAAGAAUAGGAAGCUUAAGUGGAGCAGCUUGCUAUUCCCCAGUAAUUAAUCAGCUUCCCAUGCCAAGAUUAAGAUUUGCUGCUCCAAGAUCAACAAGAUAUUAUUAGAAUUAACAAGGUUGAUUUGAAGGUCACCAGAAACAUUAGCAACUUGAACAAGAACUCCAAGGAUUUGAGUUCGUCGUCAUCAAGUCUAAUUUCGAAUUGAGGAAGCCCCUUAUUUCUGAAGAAUUCAGAAAAAAGGGGUUGAAAUAAAGUGCGAUCACAAAAUAAGUGACAAUUCUUUUCAUCAACCACUAUAAAUAAAAUUUUUUUUUAAACAUUUCC